CCGCUCCGGCGCGGGGCCGCCCCACCGACCCCGAAGGGAGGCACGCUGCAGCGUCCCGCCCCGCCGAGGCGCGAUGUCCGAUGGCGCGCGGGGCGAGGCGUGCCAGGCCACGGCUCGUGGGCGGGUGCGCCUUGUGGCACCUGCCCCUCGGGACCAGGGCGUCCGCCGCGGUGGACGCGGGGGCGGAGGACGAGCACGCGUGGCAGCGCGAGGACACCGGUCCGCACCGACGCCGGCGCCGUCAGCUUCUGUGACCCCGUCAGCUGGGCCGCCCCGACGCUCUGCCCCCAGGGCGGGGGGCACUGGAGCCGGGAGGAGUUGCUGUCGGCCCUGCCGGCCUUCGCGCGCGUUUACUCGGGGCGCCCGUUCCGUCGGAACUUGUGGGGCAUGAACACGAACCACGCGUUCGCGCUGUGGUUCACGGUGCGGGCCCUGCGGCCGCUCCACGUCAUCGACGGCGUCCACCGCGGCCAGUCCACGUGGCUGCUCCGCGAGGCGGCGGGGCCCGACGCCCGGCUCUACGCGCUGGACCCGAAGGCGGACUCCUUCCUGCGCUACCGGGACGAGGGGCGCGGAGCCCGGACUCCCUGGGGAGGAACAGGUACCGAUAUUGCUACGUCGCCGAUGCAUCGCUGA